UCGCUUCGCCUUGAUAAAAAGUUCCAUUUUUCUUCGAGAUUCACAUUUAUUACCAAAGCAUGGUAUCAUUUACCUUCUAUCAGUUUGAAUCUUAGCUUAUUAUCUAAAAUAGAGAUAAAUUAUACUCAGAAAUUAAGCUUGCAAAGUGUUUCCUUACAGAGUACUGAAAGUUGAUGGCUCUUGAGCAAGCAAAUAAACAUUUCCCAAAAAUAAUACGUUCAACAUGUCGACGAGUUCAGUUUACAGAAGUUAUUUACAAAUAGCGUCCUUACAUUCCAGUCUGAAAGGCAAAAUAUAUCCACGAAUACACAGUUUAAAUUGCGCCGACAUUUCGUUGAUCAAACGAUCGAACAACUCGCCGACGACAACAUCAACUGGCUCAUGCCACGCAUGCGCACACGUUUUUCAUCCCUGUCUUUCCGGAGCACUCCAGAGCCUGUGAGUAGAACAGUCCAGCAGUGCUUGCCUGGUGUGUGGACGUUUUGACCCAAAGGGAUGGUCUUAAGUUUUAGAAGAUGCGUAUGAUCUAUUUGACACUAACGGUAGAAAUCUUUGAUUUACUUUCACCUGAAGAAAUGUAUUUUUUUCUCGCUUCUUUCUGAGCAUGUUUUUCUUUUAAUUGAAUGGGAAUUCGAUUUUUUCUCUACUUUAAAGAACUUGCAGCGGGUUCGGUUCAAGUUGCACGAGUUGAUCAAAUGCGAGUCGAAAGUUCAAGGAAUUGUUUCCCAACGGAGUGAAUUUCGACCCAUGGUGAGCGACACGUUCUCCUCCAAUCGGAAAACGUAUUUGAGUCAAGUAGCGUGACAAAUUUAUUUAUAACACCUCAGUGCAGUUUAGCUUUCAGCCUUGAAUAGCGUGCGGCUAGCCAGCAUUGUGGUAAUCGCAUAGCUACUCUAUCAAGCGUUGGAUUUCAGAAAACUAGACUUGUGAAAUGCAGAUGGUAUGACUUGAUAAUGUCAAAACGAUGUUUUAAGCUGAUCCCAACAUAGCCUGUUCUAAUUUAUCAAGGGUUAAAGGGUAAAUAAAAGGAGUUUCAACCUGUAAGGUAAUCAGUCAAUCUAAAUGAAUGCCAUGGCAGAAGAAGGUGGACGAGAGGUGCAAGCCGAGGCUGGAAGGCCUGCAGAAGGGCCUGCCCUUAGCAUAACAAGUAGUGGAUUGACCAUUAAUGACCCGUGGACAGCAAGAAUUGGUUUUGGAGUGUUCUCUUUAGGAGCAGGAAUAGGAUUAGCAUAUUUUCUGGCGAAAAACCCAGAGACAGUUAGAAAUGCAAUUGAUCUGGCAUUGCAAAGUUAUGCUUCAGUCCAGAAUGUUCGACCUGGCUCCAUUCAUGUGGUAUUAUCAUUUAAAUCAAAGGAUAAUUUCCUGAGGUUUAUUGAUGACUUUGAGCAAGGGAAAGUUAAAGAGAAAUUGGAACAAGAAUUGAAUAAAAUUGGAUUCAAGGAGGAUUUUAAAGUCAUCCUAAAACAUAAGGAAGAUGUUUACAAAACUGUAGGUGAACUAAGGGAAGAAAGAGGGACGAAGAAAAUAAAAACUGAAGAUUCAGGCCAAAUAACUCAUGAGUAUUAA